CCGGAAGGCCGCUGGCGGAGUGAGCGCAACAGGCGGCCGCCGCGGCUGGAGCCGGCGCGGCCCGGGCUCGGGAUGGACAAGCUGAAGAAGGUGCUGAGCGGGCAGGACGCGGAGGACCGCAGCGGCCUGUCGGAGGUUGUGGAGGCCUCCUCGCUAAGCUGGGGCACCAGGGUGAAAGGCUUCAUCGCGUGUUUUGCCGUCGGGAUUCUCUGCUCCCUGCUGGGGACUCUGCUGCUGUGGGUGCCCAAGAAGGGACUGACCCUCUUCGCGGUCUUUUACACCUUUGGUAACAUCGCAUCCAUUGGGAGUACCAUCUUCCUCAUGGGGCCCCUGAAACAGCUGAAGCGCAUGUUCGAGCCAACACGUCUGAUCGCAACCAUCCUGGUGCUGCUGUGCUUCGCCCUCACCCUGUGUUCCGCCUUUUGGUGGCACAACAAGGGACUGGCGCUCAUCUUCUGCAUCCUGCAGUCCUUGUCCUUGACGUGGUACAGCCUGUCCUUCAUACCAUUUGCAAGGGAUGCUGUGAAGAAGUGUUUUGCCGUGUGUCUUGCAUGAUAUGCUGCCAGGUCUGCAGAGCUCUGGAAGGCACCAGGUGUGGAAGCUGGUGGACAUCUUUGUAAAUAGCCCCCAAACCUGUGUCUGGGAGACACGUGCCUUUAUCCCGCAUCUCAACACCUGAGGGUUUGCCUUGGGAAGCGGUUAUGCUCCCACCCCGAAGCUGUGGCACAGAGUCACAGGUGGGUUCUGCACCUCGUACAGCCGAGUCUUCCUCUCACACCUGCUCCUCUUUGGAUGCUGACCCACUGAAUUCCCCUAAAUAAAAAAACCUGGUUAAACAUCAGCAGAUGAGCCCUGGGGAGGCCUCGGGGGGAGGUAGGGACAGAAUGGCGGGGCCAACGAGGCCUUUGCAGACUUGUCCCUCCGCCCGGGGCCUGGUGCUGCUGCCUCCCCCAGCCUGGACUGGCUUCUGCCCUGGGAACCCAGAUGGGUGUUCUGUGCUACCUGGGUCCUGGCGAGCCUGGCCGUGGAGGGGAGUGGGGCCCCUUCUGGCGAGACGCGCUGCUGCCUCCCGGACUUGGGCACUCCUGCUGUUGUGAAGCACCUGGCUGUGGAACGACUUCUCCUGCGUCUGGCGCAGACUCCUCGUCUCCGGGGUCCCCUGUCCCCCAGCUCGCUUCUGUCCUUACGACUUGCUAGCACGAGGUGGAGGGAGAGCAGCAGCAGUAGCAGACACUGCCGCGUCCUGUGGCCGGGGUCGACAGGAGGUGAAAAGCUGGCUGCUUCCUGCUGUAUUUUUUCUUGAUUAUUCCUAGGUGUUUGCUUUUAAGUUGAUUUUAUUUUCUGUCCGCCCCUGCAGUGGAGCCCGGGCAGAGCGGGUGAGAAGACAGAUUCCUGCUGGGAGGGCAGGAGGCCGGCAUGCCUGCCCAGCCACCCUCAGGCGGUCCCUGUAUUGGCCCUCGGCAGUGCUGGGGGCACUGGGAGGACACUGGGCUGCAGGUGAUCAGGUCUUAGCUCACACCCAACCAUGUGCAGUGUGCUUCCAUGUUUGUGGGGCUUUCUGGUCCUCACAAGGGGCUUGUGAGCAGCAGGCCUGUCUCCCCUGCGCAGCUGGGAAACUGGACCAGCCUCCACCUCCCGAGGGCAGGGCUGGACAGGCUGGGCACACCGGGCACACCUCCCCGACCUCCUAGGACUCGCCCUGCCUUCUUCAGCCUGGCCCCUGCCUCCCUGGCUCCAGUGUCUUAUGCCACCUGUGCCGUCUCCUGCCUGCCACACCCCGUCCUUUGUGACCGUCUCCUCCUGGGUCUCUAGGGCAUUUGCUGGUCCCUGGUGUACCCUCUCAGCUGCUCUAUGCCACCUGACCAUCAGCAGGGCCUGUCUGGAUCAGCCGGAGUCCCUGGCACCCCAGGACCUCCAGGCCCACCCUCAGAUGAAGGCUCUCUGGGUUUUCCUCUUGGCUGUCACCUGGGCUGUGCUCCAGCACCUCCACACCAAAGGCAGUGGCCACUGGCUGGCUGUUUGCUUGGGGCAGUGAGCUCAGGCUGCCUGGGUUCUGCCUGUGGCUGGAGAGGUCAGAGCAGGGCUGACGGCAGAGGCAGGCCAUCUUGCAGGCCCUUCCCAGGCUGCCGAAGGCACUGCUGUCUUCCACCUGCCCUGAGCCAGGAGGGGAGACACGUGCUACCCUCUGGCUUUUGUGGGGUGUAUUCAUGUCCCAGUUCUUCUGGGAGACAGUUCAGACCCCAGAAGGACAUGGGGAGGUCGGGGUCCUUCUCUUAUAGAUGAUGUGAGAUAUGGGGUUGGCCUCAGUGGGCUGGAGUGAUGACCCCUCCUUGCCCUUUCUGAGAUGCCUUUCAAGGUGUCACCAGGCUGUCCAGCACAGUGGCAGUGAAUGCAGCUUAGAAGUCACAGGGGUCUGGGUGUGAGCUGGGCUAGUCACAGACGAGUGUCCUGUUGACCGAGUUGUGUAUAGUGUCGUUCUCCAUCUCUGGACACAGGGCGAGGACGAUGCUUCCUGCUGGCGCAUCGCAGGAUGCUGGAGGGAGGUGCGGCAGGGCCCAGCUGGCUCGAGCCCCCUCUGUGAAGGGCAGGCGUUACUGUUGAAUCUGAGGAAUGAAUACUGGUGACCCUGGCAGUGGCAGGGUGAGCAUGUGGCCGUGAGCUUAUCUGACUGACGCUUGGUACUGUGUGUCCUCUCACUGAUGUGCACAGUGACUGUUGCUGUUGUUCCCAUGAUGACAGAGAAGCAGCAGCGCCGGGGAGAGUCCCACCUCCCACCGGCAAGGGCACCAGGGCACGUCCUGGGCAGAGGCCUCGCAGGAGCCAGGCUUCUCCCUAACUGCCGUGGCCGUGGCUGGUUUGCCCAGACAGCCCCGUGAGAGUGCUGAGCAGCUUUGGGAUGUGCUGCCUCCCGGACCUGCAGACUCACCCCCCACUUUUCCUGCGGUGCCUCCUUGUUUGUUUGCCUUUGUUUGGAGGAAGAAACCCACUUCCCCUCUGCUGCCGUCUGUACCAAGCCCCCCAUGGGUGGACACAACCCAGCGGGCGAGGGGAGGUUCACAGUGGGUUGUAGUCCUGAGGCUCCUCGUGGACUUAUUUGCUCCCUGCUCUGGUCCCUGCCCCCUUCACUGCUGGGCAGAGGAGGCACCGCUGCAUUUGAGGAGGGGGGGCCAUCAGGUGGUUCUCCUGUGGUGGCCAUGCUUGCUUGUUCAGGCUGUGCUCCCCACGUGUGAGAAGUCCUGGCAGAGGCUCCCUGUGAGCUCCCUCCCAGGGCUCUGUGAGCGCUGCGCUGGGAGGGGCUCUGCCCUGCAGCCAAGUGCCCUAGGCCCCCUCUCCUGCUCCGGGCUCUGAGGGUGCCUGUUCGGUACCAGGCAAGGGAGGCACCAAGUUCCUGCUCCCGCCUCUGCCUCACUCUGGUUCUCCUCCUCUGAGUGGCUGCUGUGCAGACGCGGCGUGUUCCCGGGGUGAUCUCUCAGUGCUGGAGUCGGACCCAGCACACUCGUAUGGUGACUCGUGGCUCAUCUGCCCGAGUGCCACUUCCCUCUGCCAAUCACUGUACGCCAAGGGAGCCGGAAACAAUGGAAUUACCUUUUGAUUCCUCCACAGAAAGAAAAGUUAGCAAGUGGGCCUCACCUUGAGAAAGGUGUGGGGUUGGCCAGUGUGGCAUCCGCUUCUGAUGGCCCUGUGAACAGGGCAGGAGCCACAGUGUCCCUGAAGAGCUAGAGCAAGGCCCUGAGGCCAUGGGUUCUCGAUCCCAUGCGACAGCCUGCACCAGGCCUCCCUCAUCUCUCAGAUGACGUCUGACCAGAGUCACCUGUGGGAUUAUGACAGAUACUUGAUUCACAACAUAAUAUAAAACCUCAUUUGAGCACAUAAAAAAAAUAUUCAACUGUUCAAAGGUACAUGAAACCAUCUACUAGAGCUUUUAGCAUAGUUUUAAAAUUCGCACAUCUAAGAUAUUUAUUUUUGUAAUUUUGACACAUGCAAGAGUUUACAGAUAGUAUUUUUAAAAAAGCAAAUUGUUCCUCAACUCAAAUUAAAUACAGAUCUGUUUGUUUAACCCCUGAAACCUGCUGUCCCCCCCCCCCCCCAACACCAAACAACCUAGAGGUCUAGAGUUUUGCUUGAGAGGUUGGUUAGGAGGUGAUCCAUCAAGGUACUUUCCAACUCAGAAUUCUGUGCAGUCCUGGAAUCCAGUGUUUUUGGUCCGGUGAAGAGGAAAGUGCAGGGGAUUCAUGUGACCUGGGUCCACUCAGGACGUUCAGUUGCACUUGGGUAUUUCUUGACGCGGGGAUGAUGCUCCGCAGCCCUCCCAGCCUGACCUGGAGCGAGACCCUGGUUAGUCGGGUUCUGCGGCAGUCAGGUGAGGGGCCGGCAGCCUUUCCAGCAGGAGCUGGUAGUGACCCCAGGCUUCAAAGCUGUUUUCUAUAGACAAGCUGAUGGGCAACCAGGGAAGCAGCCGGUGCACAGCAGCAGCUGUGCUGGGGAAUGGGGUCAGUCCACACAGCGCGACAGUGAGGAUGUGUGUGUUCCCAACACGACAGCACUGCGUUUGAUAAGCAGCCACAGAGCCAAAAUAGCAGCAGCAAAAGCACAAAUGGUCCCCAAUGUCAACAGGCCGGGUGUCCGGGCAGAGCAUCUCUGUGAGGUCUUUAGAGGACAAAUGGAGGCUGGCGCUGGGCCAGUUUGCUCUGCCUGUCAAGGGUCCUACUACAACAGGAAAUGAGUUUACAUUGGACUUUGUGAUCUUUCUGCUAUGAAAAGUAUUCAUUUUGCCUUUUUCUAUGUAUUUGCUUGACUUACUUAGCAACCUUGAAUAAGGAAAGGAAAAAGAAAAAAACCCUCUGAACUCUGAUCUUUUGUUGUUUGUGUAAAUUCUGGAUGUGAAGUUGGGACUGAGGGUGUUCAGACACCUAUGGAGAGGGCUCGGGUGUGGCGCAGUGGUAGAGCACUUGCCUAGCCUGUGCCAGACGCUGGUUCAACUCCCAGCACCACCAAAAAAAACCCCAAAAAACCUUUGGUGAAUUUGUGUGCCUCAGAACACUGCAACAUGCCUGUUCUAACACGAUGAGCUUUUAGAAAACUUUGUUACAACAUGAAUCAGUUUUUUAUAAUUGUAUAGCUACAACUAAUUUUGAAUGCUACUUAUUGAUAACUGAAUUUACUAAUUUUGAAUGCUACUUAUUGAUAACUGAAUUUUUGUAUCCAAAAACAUAUUCUUGGGAAUCUAUUUCAUAUAAUAUUGUUUUCUUUUGACUAACCUAUUUCAGAGAGAGUGUCGCUGGUAACUAAGCUCUUUCCUCUUCCUUCUGUCACAAUUAUCAUUCCCCAAUAAAUGGUAGUGUGAUGAUCUUAA